UGUAUAUUGCUUGAUUGUUCUACCCCUGUUCCCACUCUACCUACCCCCCCUGUAGUCUGUGAACACCGGCACCUCUCAAGUACCGCAUCAGUUCAGACUGAUGUCGACGGAACAGGACACCGGGGCACUGCCAUGGCGCAGUGCCAGGAUCGCAGUUCGUGUCCGCCCUGCGGUACCUCCAAGACCCAAGAGAUUCAGCAGACGGACGACCCCAGCGGCAUCAAGUACGGCUUUGAAAGUACAAGACACCACCGGAGAUCUUGCAGCAUGCCCGGUCCGAGAGGCCAGCGAGCCUUGGGCUGACUAUCGUGGGCGGCUACAGGCAUUUACAGACGCCGUAGCCGCCGCUGAGGCUCAGCAGGCUGCGGCAGAGGCAGAACGUCAGCGGCUGGCCAAUGAGGUGGCAGCCGAAGCUCAGCGGACAGCUGAGACUGACGAAGCGGCACGAAACAGACGGAAUGCUGCCAGCACGGAGUUCCUGAUUGCUAGUGAGCAUCAGUGGACAACGGAACUCCAAGGCAUGAUCUUUGUGCCUACGGAAACGCAGGCGGAACCGACACAGGCGGAGGCAGAGAGAAGUAACCUGGCUACCGUGAUGUUGAACGUAAUGAGGGGAGUAAUGUGGAACAACAAACUACUGCAGGCACACCUGCACGCGGAACGACAGCAAAGACAGCAGUACCAGCAAGACCUGGCCGCUGUAACGGCCGACGUCCGCGACGCAGCAAAGCAGCAGCAGCAACAUCAACAGCUGAUGAACUCUACCAUCGCACGCAUCAACGGCAUUGAGGCCAAGGCCUCGGCAGCGCCAGGCUGCACGACGGACGUGACGAAGCAAAUCAACGAAUGUAUCGAUAACGUCGUCACCAUCAUCGGCGACAUAGGUGUUUUCAACGGACCGGACACGAUCAGCAGCACGGUGGCCACCAUCAAGACGGACAUCACCAAGCUACAGACGAGACCGGACGCCGCUACAAAGACGUUCAAGAUGCCGCACUUCGACAUCUGCGAGUUCGAUGACUACAACAAGUCGGACGCUUUGACAUGGUGGCAACGUUUCCUCAUGGAAGCGGCAUGCCGCACUGUCCCGGCGAACGACAUGUUGAAGGCACUCUAUUUGCAACUGAUUGGAGGAGCGCAGGCAUGGAUGAACCACCUGGUGGCCACCCACAAGUGCACCAUCGCCGAACUCCACACGCACAUCACGUGGAAGGAGUUCGAGCAGCUAUGGUUCACCCGGUUCAUGGUCCGCAACGUCGUGAAGACGGCCAUGAAUGAGGUGUACACAUGCUCUCAGGGGAACAUGCCAACUCGAGACUGGAUAUCGAAGUGGCAAAAGAUAGUGACCACACCAGGCUUGGACUUGACGUUCCUAAAUCAACGAUCCGAGUUCUUCUCGCGAUCAUGCGCGGGAUUGCGGACGGCACUCGGUAAUGAGUACGACUAUAUCACAUUCCAGGGCAUUCUAGAUCGAGCGAACUUGGUCAUCCAAAUGGACGAUAAGGCCGCUAACGAGAGACAAUCCCAGCCGUACUAUGUGGCUAAGCAGGCCUAUCAACGUYCGGCAYAUAACAAUGCCGUGAUUUCUGAGGAAACCGACGACCACCACGCUGCAGCAGCAUCCUCGAGUGAUGGAGGAAUUGUCGCAGCGCUCCCGCCGAAGCGUCCCAAGAGAGUUCGAAAGAACAAGGCGACACAAGAGACGGCAGCGAUGGGAGCUGGGAAGCCAUGGACGACAUAUAAGACCAAGGAGGUCUAUGACCUACGUCAGAAGUACGGAUACUGCCUUUGGUGCAACGGAGUCACCCAUGUGACCACACAAUGCCCGGAAAAGGGCAAGGCACGCAUCGUGAUCAUCUUCCGAAUAUACCCCGGAAAGAUUGCGGACUUGAAACUGCCAGUUUGCUUGAAGCAGAGUACUGCUCUUGCCGGUGGCGCCGACGGGCAAAUGAGUGGUGGGCGCUUGCACAUUGCAACAUUGCAAGUCCUGACGAUGGAGGGAGAGCUCCCAGGUGGUGCAAAGGCAUUUAUGACGUUGGAGAGAAACAUCGUGGUCGCAGCUGUGUCAACCAUUGCCAUGCGUUAUCGCAUUGAGAGAACAACAGUGCUCGAGGAUGAGAUUGUCCGUUCGCAGGCAGAGGCAGCUGAUGCAACCAGUGAUGGAUGCACCCGAUUGUGUGUCGCUUCUGGAAUCCAUUGUGCAAUUCUGCCGCGCCAUGGCAUCGGGUGUGAUCCCGUGGGCGACGCCGAGAUGGUGGAUGAGGAGGACGGGAGGGACAUGGGAGGAUCUCCACAGGUUGAUGACGCGGUGGAGGGCCACUACAAGGAGAAGCUGCGGAGUGGAGUAGUCAAUGGCGUGCGCCUGCUGUUUGCUGGAGGUUUCCCGCCUGUCCAUGGCCGUUUUCCUCACCAUUCCUCGUUUCUGUCUGCUGCCAGUAUCCUGCACAAUGACGCAUGCGUGAAACAACACGACGAGGAGCAGGAGAAGAGUGGCCAGCAGGGGGAACCACUAGAGGAUGUCUACCAUGAAUUGCAGCAGGCGAGGUGGUCUUGGUCCUCAAGCAAACAGUAUUUGACCAAGUCAACAAUCAUGUCGAUCGUUGCGUUUGCCGUGUCGAAGCAGCCGACCCAUCCCUACGAUGGACAGAAGCCGGGUACUUCUGGUCUGAGGAAGAAGGUGACCGUCUUCCAGCAGCCAAAUUACCUUCACAAUUUCGUGCAGGCCUCAUUCAAUGCACUGCCUGCGGAAAAAGUGAAAGGGUGCACCCUCGUCGUCUCGGGUGAUGGUCGGUACUUCUCGGAUGACGCUAUUCAGAUUAUCGUCAAGAUUGCUGCAGCGAAUGGAGUCGGCAGAGUUUGGAUAGGAAAGGACGGGUUGCUGUCAACGCCGGCAGUGUCUGCAGUGAUUCGCAACAGAUUGACGCCAGAGGGGGGUAAGGCGUAUGGAGCGUUCAUCCUCACAGCCAGCCACAAUCCGGGAGGUCCGACGGAAGAUUUCGGAAUCAAGUACAAUUGUGAAAAUGGCGGACCCGCACCCGAAGGGCUCACGAAUCAGAUCUUUGCGAACACGAAGACUAUCACGGAGUACUCGAUUGCCGAAGGCAUCCCCAGAAUCGACAUCUCCUCAAUCGGAACCAGAUCGUUCGUCGGUCCAGAUGGUCCCUUCGAGGUGGCGGUCAUCGACUCCGUGGAAGACUACCUGGCCUUGCUGAAAACCAUAUUUGACUUCACUGCCCUGAGGUCUCUGUUCUCUCACCCCGACUUCUCAUUCGUGUUUGAUGCCAUGCAUGGGGUUGGCGGAGUUUAUGCCAAGGCCGUCUUUGUGGACGAGCUUGGUGCCCCGGAGAGCAGUCUGAUGAACUGCGUUCCUAAGCCGGACUUCGGCGGUGGGCAUCCCGAUCCCAACCUGACGUAUGCAAAGGAGCUGGUUCAGAGGAUGGGAUUGGGCCAAACCGCCCCGGAGUUCAUUCCAGAGUUCGGUGCCGCAGCCGACGGGGACGCGGAUAGGAACAUGAUCCUGGGUAAGAAAUUCUUCGUUACCCCGUCGGACUCGGUGGCAAUCAUCGCUGCGAAUGCUGUCGCUUCCAUUCCGUAUUUCUCAGGUGGAUUGAAAGGAGUUGCGAGGAGCAUGCCCACCUCGGGUGCUUUGGACGUAGUGGCGAAGAAAGCGAACCUGAAGUUCUUCGAGGUUCCUACCGGAUGGAAGUUCUUUGGGAACCUGAUGGAUGCUGGCCUCUGCUCGGUCUGUGGCGAGGAGAGCUUUGGUACAGGGUCGGACCACGUUAGGGAGAAGGACGGGAUUUGGGCUGUGGUGGCGUGGCUGUCGAUUCUGGCUCACCUGAACAAACAGGAAGGCGUAGGGAAGAAGCUGGUCACGGUUGAGGAUGUGGUGAGGGCACACUGGGCAGAGUACGGGCGGCAUUACUACACCCGUUACGACUACGAGGGCGUGGACUCGGACGCUGCACAGUCGCUGAUGAAAGGGCUCGUUGACAAGCAGGCAUGUCUCGAGACUUUGAACAAGACUGUGUCGGCUAUCAGGUCGGACGUGCCAAAAAUAGCGCAUGCGGACGAGUUCGAGUACAAGGACCAGGUUGAUGGCAGCAUCUCAAGUCAUCAAGGUAUUCGGUUCCUGUUUGAAGAUGGCUCUCGUUUGAUCUUCCGCCUGUCGGGUACCGGAUCGUCUGGUGCGACCAUCCGCCUCUAUAUUGAGCAGUAUGAAACUGAUCCAAAGAAAACAGGAAGAGAUCCUCAGGAGGCUUUGUCCCCUCUGGUGGAAGUCGCACUGCAACUUUCUGAAAUGGAGGCAUUGACAGGCCGCUCUGCCCCAACCGUCAUUACGUAAGAGGGUUGCCAGUUUCGAUGCAGAACUCAGAGAGAGAGAGAGUGUACUCGCGCAACGACUUCCUUAGAUGCAUAUCCCCAUUUACACCUAUCCCUGGAUCUAUCUGAUGUAUAUCCAGGGCGGAAAUCAGUUUAAAUUUUAGUGUGAGUAUGCCUGAAAAUGGGGGUAUAAGUUACAUUUACUACCCCAAAACCCGGGGACGUUUGCCAAAGGGCUCGCAAGAGCUGGGUACCCGACCGAAGGCGCUGAAGGCGCCGUUUGAGUCUCUAGAUGAGUUAGAGAGGGGGUUCUGGUUCCAAUGCACAUUUCCUUAGGUGGCUAGUCUGUCUGUCUUUGUCUGUUUUUGUUGUGUUUGUGGCAAAAUAUUGCAAGUAGUUUGUGGAUUGAAGGUAGGGUUGGUGUGGUAAGUUCUGUAGAGCAUUUACGGUAAACUGGAUCUGACAACGCGUAAAUUGGCGUGCUGAGAUCUGUAGAAAACAUUCAUCGUUGACUGGACCCGAUAACACUUACAUGCGCAGGCGUGGUGUGGGAGUCGCUUUUUCGUCAUGAUGUGGGAGAAGUCUCUCAUAGGUGAAGGAUGACGAUUAGGAUGAGAGAGAGGUGAUUAGUAUGCGAGAGAGGACGAGGAGUAGGUUGUGAGAGAGGACGAGGGUUAGGAUGUGCUAUGUGACUUUUGUGGGAAAGUCGUUUGAUCU